GGAAGUGAAGUGACUUGCCCAAGGUCACCCAGCAGCUCUCCGGCCCAGCUUCUGUCGACGGCCCGCCCACCCUCCCUGUCCGCCAUGGGAUGUCGGGACGUCCAUGCGGCCACAGUGCUCUCCUUCCUCUGCGGCGUGGCCUCGCUGGCCGGGCUGUUUGCCGCCAUGCUGCUGCCCAACUGGAGGCGGCUGAGGCUGAUCACCUUCAACAGGAACGAGCGCAACCUGACUGUGUACACGGGGCUGUGGGUGAAAUGCGCGCGCCAGGACGGCGCCCGCGACUGCCUCAUGUAUGAUCCGUCCUGGUACGUGUCCGUGGACCAGCUGGACCUGCGCGUGCUGCAGCUGGCCCUCCCCACCAGCGGGCUGGUGGCCAUGGGAGCGCUCCUGCUGGGGCUGGUAGGGAUGGGCGGCACGGCCUUCCGCCCCAGUCCGCCCAGCAUCCAGCGGGCCCGCUGCCUCAUCAACAGCGCGGGCUGCCACUUGGUGGCCGGUCUGCUCUUCCUGCUGGCAGGCGCCCUGAGCCUCGCCCCAUCCAUCUGGGUGGUCUUCCACACGGCCCGACUGAACCGGCAGUACGAGCCCGUGUUCUCUUUCGACUACGCCGUGUACGUGGCGGUGGCCAGCGCGGGCGGCCUGUUCCUCACCGCCCUUCUGCUGCUCGUGUGGUAUUGUGCCUGCAGGGUGCCACCCCCGUCCUUGUGGCAGCCACUGUACCCGCACCCGCACGCGCCCGGCGCCCACACCUAUGCCCAGCCCUACUCGUCCCGGUCCCGGCUGUCAGCCAUCGAGAUCGACAUUCCCGUGGUCUCACGUGCAACCUAAGCCCGGCUUGGAGCGAGGGUUCCCGGGCUCUGGACUCUCCCGGACAUCCCGUUCGACUCCCUCCCGCCCAGCUCCGACCCUACCUGCGCCGGUUCUCUUUCCCUAGCCCCGGAGAGGCAGCUUCCACCUCCAUGCAGAUCCGAUUGGCUGAGUCUGGAAGGGUCAGGCUGGGCUGACUGGGAGCAGUCGCUGAGGCCGGUUUGGGAGGUGGUCCUUGACUGACCCCAAGCCACCCACUCCCUGCCCCCUUUCACGCCCUGCCCCCUGGGACUCCUCAUCCCCUUCCCGCCAGACCCCUGGCCCCUGAAACCUGACUCUCUUUGGAGCCGGUGGUUUCCUCCUCGCCACCAUCUCCCCUUGCCGCUGGCAGAGCCCAAGGAUCAGCCCAAACGUGCCCACCUACUUGGCUCCAGGUCUGCCGGGGAGGUGGAGCUGGCUCCAGAACAGCAGGGGAGGAGGGCCUGGCUCCGGCUGUGCUGGACCCUAUGGUGUGCGUGUCUGUGCUUGUGUGCAUGUGUGUGUACAUGUAGGUGUGUGACUGUGUCAGUGUACCAUGGUGCAUUUGAGUGUGUAUGUGAGACAGUCCAGCAUUCAGUAUGGUGUUUGGCACGUAGUAAGCAUUUAACAAAUACCAUUUUUAGAAAAGUGAGAGACGGAGCAAGUAUGCCCGAGUGUGUGAAUGUGAAGGAGGGAUUUUUGCAAACUUGUUGGCUCUCUGAUCCACUUUAGGCUCCACUUUGUGCACUGUUUGCUGAUGGAUCUUUUCUUGUGAGAGUUUUUUUUUGGUUCAAUAAAAGUGUUUUCUCCCGAGAA